AAUCUGGCGUGUCAACAACAUAAAUGCCCUGAAUACACCUUUUACAAUGUAGAAAAUGACUCUUGCCUUCAAGCCAAUGUGACUGUUGUGACUGACUUCCUCUUCAUUGGGGGUGAGAGAGGGCUGAAAGACGUCUACCUAGAGCUGGCCAUCUUCCUAUUGGUGGUCUACCUGAUGAUCCUGAUUGUAAACCUCAUCAUACUUACCCUGGUGGCGACAGAACCCAAGCUUCAGUCUCCCAUGUACAUUUUCCUCAGCAACCUGUCCCUCAUAGACAUUGUGAUAUCAACCACUGUUCUCCCUAAGAUGAUAGCAGUGUGCUUGUGGAAUGACACAACGAUCUCCUACUCAGCAUGUUUCCUCCAGUUGUAUAUCUAUUUGUCAUUUCAAACCGUCGAGAGCAUGCUGCUGUGUGUCAUGGCCUAUGACCGCUAUGUCGCCAUCUGCAAUCCCUUACGCUACAGCAGCAUUAUCACUAAGAGAGUUUGCGGUAUGUUGGCUACAUCAGCAUGGGCAUCUGGACUCAGUUUACCUGCCUUCUGUGUCAUUUUCACAGCACAAAUGCCCUUCUGUAGCAACAAAAUUAAUUUUUGGUUCUGUGACUUUCCUCCUGUAGUUUCACUGUCCUGUUCGGACUCAACCUUUAUGAUCGACGUGGCUCUUGUGUGUGCUUUAAUAGCGAUCUAUUGCCCGUUCACUGUCAUUGUUUGGUCCUACUUCAGAAUCAUUGUAGCCGUCUGCAAUAUUGCGUCUUCAGAGGGCCGAAUGAAAGCCUUCUCUACCUGCUCCUCACAUCUCACUGUCGUCCUCACCUUCUACCUCGCUCACUCCUGCGUCUACAUCAGUGCCAAAUCUGAAAACGUUCACUGUAAUGUUCUAAUCUUGAUAUCUAUUGUUAACUGCUUUCUGACUCCUGUUAUGAACCCUAUCAUCUAUAGUUUCAGAAACAAAGAGAUAAAGGCUGCACUGAGAAAGCUCUGUUCUGGUAAGGUCGGCUCUGAUGGUGAAUAACAGGGAGACUGUUGAACUGUUGUGGGGAUAAACACUCAAUUAGAAAAUGCAGCUAUACAAAAUGCAGUAAUUUGUCAGGAGACUUGCUGGAUGUCUGAGCAGAUCUAAUUAAACAUUUCUCUGUGGAGAGAGGUGAGAUCAGUAGGGAAUACACAUUGGCACAACAAAGCAAAGCACAUGACAUACAGUUCAGGAUCAGGAAGUACAGUUCAGGAUCAGCACAUACAGUUCAAUCCACCAUAAACGGAGAAUAAAGCCUGGUUUACCUAACAGCUAAUAAUUAAAGUGAUAAUAUUUGUUUCUCUUAACAAUAUCACAUGCAUGUUAAAGUUGAAUUGUUGCUUUUAGUAUAUCAGACAUACACUAAAUUAUGGUAUGAUGAGAUAUUGUCAGUGCUUAAUUCGAGACCUCUCCGUUUUGGAUUGUUUUGUUCCAGUACCUAUCAGGCCGGAUCCGGUACCUCUCGUGGCAUGAAAAAUAAUUAAUGUACAAUUACAAUAAAAGCGAUCAAAGUUCAUUCGAGUUGCCUCUUCGUUAAUUCACCUACCCCCACAAAAAAACGUUAUGUGAAAAAGUCGAUUUUCAGCCCGGGCCUAAUAUUCUAAGAGUUGAUCAGGGUUGGGCCUCCGGUGUUAAUGGUUUGCGCAACAUUGUAGCCUAUGUUUGAGACCAACGCAUGGCUGUGGCUGUGUGAGAAGCGCGCCUGUCUCUCUCACAUAACUAGAAUGAGAUUAACUUUCUAUGAUCUCUCUCCCUCUCUGCUCUGAUAGACAUGAGCCUGCAACUCUCAUCUCUCCAGCGUUGCACUUCAUCAUUUAUUUCCUUAUAGAAUCACAGCCGCACAAAGGGUUCUGGAGGAACUGCAGCAUCCCUGAUUAAUUGAAAUACAUUUGCCAAAAUUAUAGAAUUACUGCAGUCUGUUCAUAAAUAAAUGAAGUAAUUCAGAAUAGCCUACUACACCACGAGAAGGCCUAUAAUUUAGCCACCAAGGAUCAAUAGCUUCUUUUAAAAAAUAGCCUAGUUGUGGAUUGUAGCCCAAUAACAAGGAAUAGCCUACAGUCGGGAACGCGCGUCAAAUCUGUCCGUGAAAAAACAGCAUGCAGACAAAACAGGCCUUUCGCAAUAUUUCAAAUACAAUCGAGGGAAAACACAGGUUGGAAAGCAAAUGGCUCCUGCUGAAAAGUGAAGACUAUGCUGUAGCCUACCAAAAUAGACUAUUGAUGAAUUCAAGACAAUGUCGUUUUCAUUGAUCUCAGAUUCUCAGUUUGUCAGUGUCAAAGUAGCCUGUCAUUUUGAUCAUUUGUGCUGUAUUAAGAAAAAUUCUGCCAGUCUCCAGUCAUGUAAAAUAUCGUAGAUUUGCAUGAAAUGCGUUUAUAAAAGGCCACACUUUCCCCAGACCCUAGGCUACGAGAAAUGUUCCCCAUGUGUGCAACUUUUGUAAGUGCCUCUACUCUACUGCUCUAUGUCACUACACAAAUGCGAUGGUUUUCAUGCAAUCCUUUAUUAUAAAGUUGUAGUUUUUUUCUCAUGCGUUCUGGUACCUCAGAACUCCCCAGGUCAUCCCCCUUCUCACGCUCACUUUUUGUUCCGGCACCUCCCGAUUUACAAAUUAAUUUGUGAUGCUGUAAUUGAUUAUUUGAAUGUUUUGAAAUGUCACAAACAUUCAGAAUGGAUUCUCAUGUUUUAUUAAAUGUUAAUAAAUUAACACAACAAGCUUAAAUCAACUAUUAAUUUCUGUUUUAUCAUCCCUGAAUGGUAAUUUAAGGUAUUGCAAUUCCCAUGUUCACUUUCAAAUAAUGAUCUAACACACACAACAUGUAGAGAUGUUGGAUCUUAAUUUGAUCAACCUUUUGCAGGAGAACUGCAGGAAAUUUAAAACAUGUAGUGUAUGUGAGGUUUAAAUAGGCUUCUUAAGUUUGUCAUUUCCACUUUGAAAUUUCAGACUUGA